CUUGAGUGGCAGAAUUUGUAUUGCUACAAUGGUUCAUCUCUUUAUCUAUUGGAUUCUCCUUGCCUGCGCGAUCCUCGCACAAGCAAGCAACCAGGAAUCUAGUAAGUUCCACUUUGUUCUAGUGCAUGGAGCUGGCCAUGGAGCAUGGUGCUGGUAUAAAGUCACACAAGAGCUUGAGGAACAGGGCCACAAAGUGGAUGCACUGGAUUUAACCAGCGCUGGAACGAGUGGUGUGGAUGCACUUGCAGUGGAUAGCUUGGAGACUUACUCGGUUCCUUUGGUUCAACUGCUUGAAUCACUUCCACCAAAGGAAAAGGUGAUUUUAGUUGGGCAUAGUCUAGCAGGUCUUUCACUUACAUAUGCCAUGGAAAAGUUUCCAGAGAGAAUUUCUGGAUCCUUUUUUGUAACUGCACUUAUGUUCACUUCAAACGCAACUCAAGCUCGACAAGAUUUCAACCAGAUUUUUCAAGGAAUUCAACCAUAUAUCACACCUCUAUUUCGCAAUGGCUCUUCUUCAACACCUGCUGCUGCUUCCUUCCGGCUAGAGUUUGUUCGAAAAGUUCUAUACCAUAAAUCUCCUCCACAGGAUGUUGUCCUCGCCAAAUCGAUUCUAAAGCCAUUCCCGGUUCUUGACCCUGCGGUGAGCUUCACCGCAGCAAACUAUGGAAGUGUUCCUCGCUACUUUAUCAAAGCCACGGAAGAUCGCGCCAUUCCACUGGAAAGGCAAGAGGACAUGAUCAGGAAGACUCCUCCGUUCAAGGUUCUAAAGCUUCCUUCAGACCACUCUCCAUUUUUCUCAAUGCCCAAGAGCUUAGUUCACUCUAUCAUGUCAGUGCUCUAGCUCAAGAGACCAAUUCAAUGUCUCAAACAGUGCAAAGUUUUUUAAACUGUAACGAGUAUACUCCGAAUAUCCGUUUAGGGUUCUUGAGCAAAAUGGGGAAGCUGGGCAGGAUCUAUCAUCCCGGGUGCUCACAGGGCGAUGCCAAGACGUACGCGCUGGCGAUCGUCCGUGCGAUCCAGGAAUGCGGCGCGCUUACGUCGCAUCAGCUGUGGGAUCACGCCCAGGCCGAGGGGAUUCGCACCAAGCGCCAACUGAAGCAAUUCCUGCGGUGGAUGAAGCAAGAGCACCUGGUGAGCACCGUCGAGCUUCCAGCCCAUGGCGACAACCGCGUCUACAAGCUCCCGGACAGGAUCCGCGACGAUGCCAUCUCUGGCGUGAGCGCUGCGGCGGGGAGGAUCGAGACGCCGGAAAAGGAGUACAAGAUUGAUCUUGGCGAGAUCUGGCUCAAGAACAAUCCCCGCGAGCAGCUAACCAAGUACGAGCUCCGCCUCCAGGCGCGAGAGGAGAGGCGCGGCCUAGCUCCACUCAUGCCUUUCUGGGAUAUAUGAGAGAAGAGAUCUGGCAGUUGCGAUGCUCGAUUCUUGUCGAGGAGAAAAAGAUCUAGUUGCUCGACGAUGAAAGACUCUCGCUUGCAAGCUCCGGAGAUCUUGGAAGAACUUACGCAAGUCAGUAUGAUAUGAAAGAGAAACGAAAGAGAAGGUUCUCACCUUUGUUUUA